AUGGCAUUAAAACGUAUAUCCAAAGAGUUACAGGACUUAAGUGUAGAUCCUCCAACUCAGUGUUCAGCUGGUCCUUGUGAAGAUGAUCUAUUUGUCUGGCAAGCCACUAUUAUGGGACCUGCUGAUAGUCCAUAUGAAGGUGGAGUCUUUUCCCUGAAAAUACUAUUCCCCACAGACUACCCUUUCAAACCUCCUAAGAUCAGCUUCAUGACGAAGAUAUAUCAUCCGAAUAUAAAUCCCAAUGGUAGUAUCUGCUUAGAUAUCCUCCGUGGACAAUGGUCUCCUGCCUUAACAAUAUCAAAAGUUCUACUCUCAAUUUGUUCACUUUUGACGGAUCCCAAUCCAGACGAUCCUCUAUGCCCGGACGUCGCACGUCAGUACAAAACAGAUCGUAAAAAAUACGAUGAAUUAGCUAGAGUGUGGACACAGAAAUAUGCUAUGGAUCCUUGA